AUGUGCCAAGCGACAAGUGCCAGUGCCAUUGACCAACCCUCAGAAGACAAGACCCCGGAUACAGACUCUCGUCUGAACGGCCUCGAACUGCCAUCUCAUAUCAAGUUCUCCAGAGGUAUUUAUGCUGACACUGACCAAGUACCACUGCCGCAAACUGACACUAUUGACCCCUCGAAUCUAGUCCCAGGCCAUGCGCUGCUCCUCCUCUCCGACUCGGCCCUACCACUCGGGUCCUUCGCAUACUCAAGUGGUCUGGAAUCGUACCUGGCGCACGCGAAACUCCGCGCCUCGUCGACCAACUCGCUCGCGGCUUUCCUCUCGUUCCUGAGUCUAUCCAUCGCAUCGACGGCGAGUACUUCUCUGCCGUAUUUGCUGGCCGCAUACAGGCACCCCGAGGCCCUGGAGACAAUCGACAAUGACAUGGACGCGGCAACAACCUGUAUCGUUGCGCAGAGAGCCAGCGUUUCCCAGGGUCGGGCUCUGCUGAGCAUAUGGGCUAGGGCAUUCCGGCAGGCGUAUGCCCCUGACGGGGGUAGUAGCGCAGCAGAGACAGCCAAGCAGGCGCUAGAGAAUCUUUUUGAAGCUCUAAAAGGCAGCGAUGGCAAUACGGAUGAACUAGGGGCUAAGGGUCACUUUGCGCCGUUGUGGGGCGCGGUCAGUCUGGCGAUGGGGUUGGCGGUAGAGCAGGCGACGUAUGUGUUUAUGGUGAAUCAUGCAAAGGCGGUGCUCAGCGCUGCUGUACGGGCGUCUGUAAUGGGGCCUUACCGUGCUCAGUCGAUCCUUGCCAGCCAAAGUCUGCAGGAUAUGAUUCUGGAGCGGAUAGAGAGGGAAUGGGGAACAAGCAUGGAACAGGCAGGGCAGGUGGUUCCUAUGCUUGAUUUGUGGCUUGGGAGACAUGAGCUUCUUUACAGCAGGAUAUUCAAUUCUUGA